AGAGAGAGAGCGGCAGAGAGACACUGACUGACUGUUGAUCAGCUGAUGAUGGAGGAUUAUACUUUUCCAGUCUGGUUUUACGUGGCUGUUGUGGCUGUUUUUCUUGGCGGGGUCCUGAAGAAGGUCCUGGAAUUCCACCUGAGUGCGGGCCCCACCCUGGUAGCCUGGCUGGGGGCCACGGUGCUGAUGGAGAGGCUGUGGGAGUUCUGCCUGCCGGCGCUGCUGCUGCUGGUGCUGUUCGGGCUCGCCUGCUGCCUCCGCUCUGCUUCCAGAAUCAGAAUGCCACCCGCCACCCUGCCCGCCUGGGGCAAGGCUGUCUUCAUCACAGGAUGUGACUCUGGAUUUGGGAACGCUGCAGCAAAGCGUCUGGAUGCUAUGGGCUUUGAGGUGUUUGCCACUGUCUUGGACCUGAUGGGAGACGGAGCUAAAGAUCUCCAGAGGUGCUGCUCCGCCCGCCUCACCCUCCUGCAGGUGGACAUCACGCAGCCACAGCAGGUCCAGCAGGCACUGCUGGACACCAAGGCCAAGCUGGGCCUGAGAGGUUUGUGGGGUUUGGUGAACAACGCUGGUGUGUGCGUGAACUUCGGAGACGUCGAGCUGUCCCUGAUGUCCAACUUUCGUGGCUGCAUGGAGGUCAACUUCUUUGGAACGUUGAGCAUCACCAAGAACUUCCUGCCGCUGCUGCGCCAGGCUAAAGGUCGGAUCGUCACCAUCUCCAGCCCAGCAGGUGACCAGCCGUUUCCCUGCCUGGCGGCAUACGGAGCAUCCAAAGCCGCCCUGAACCUGUUCACCGACACGCUGAGACAUGAGCUGGAGCCCUGGGGGGUCCAGGUGUCCACCAUCCUACCGUCCUCCUACAGGACAGGGCGGAGCAUCAACCAUGCCUACUGGGACCAGCAACACCAGCAGCUGCUGCAGAGUUUGUCUCCGGCACUGCUAGAGGACUACGGCGAGGACUACCUGACCGAGACAAAGGAUCUCUUCCAGAGCUUCACCAGUCGGGCCGACCCCGACGUCGGCCCCGUCAUCGACACCAUCGUCCAGGCGCUGCUGGCGCCUCUGCCUCAGGCGCACUACUACGCCGGCCCCGGGGUGGGCCUCAUGUACUUCAUCCACAGCUACUGCCCUGUCAGCAUCAGCAACCGCUUCCUCCAGAAGCUGUUCUUGAAGAAAAGGCUGCUGCCACGAGCGCUGAGAGAGCAGUCGGAUCUAGAGUUGAACCUGAGCCUCCACCACAACAACAACAACAACAAUGAGGAGAAGCUAAAGCUGCUGUAGACACCUGGAGAUAGAAGAGCACAUCUGUUACCAUAGAGACGUUUCCUCUUUCAUUUGUUCUGUAACCGUUGAAGAUCACACAGAUGAUGACUUCCCUCCUACCAGCUGAGAACUCAUCUGGUGGCCAGGGGUGGGGCUUGGCAGAGUCCAACAGAGUAGCUUGGCAAAGACUUGGAACGUGGCUUAUCCUAUCCUAUGUCAAGGGGCGUGGCUUGGUAAAAGUAGAGAAACAGCCACAGGUCCAUCAGAGAGAAUCAGGAGCUGUGCUGCACAAACACGCUGACUUAAUGAUCACAUAAGUGGAUCUGAACCACAACCAAAAGCAUGGCCAGAACCACAAAGAGAAUUACGACCAGAACCACGAUCAGAGCCCAAAUAAAGUUGGACCCUUAUCAGAAUAAAAAUCAUCAAAGAACAAGAUGAUCUGAGAAUUAAAUGAUCCAA